CUGCAAACUGUAACCAAGCAAGGGGAAAAUAAUCUAUUUUAAUUUCAUGCAAAGGGUUUUAAGCAUCUGUAUUAUAAACUUACUUCUAUGCCUUGUACCCAGUUCAGCAGAAACCAGAGAAGUCCUGUCUGGGGACCCCAUCAUUAUCCGGGAGACCCGCCGCCAGCGGCCUGCUUUCGUUUACCCACAUACCCCUGGAACGGAUAUCUGUUUGGGGUACCACAGUCUUUCCUAUAGAACUAUGGCCAAAUAUCCAUGAAUGUUGCUAAUUCUGGGACUUAACUCCUGGAAUCUACCUGCAGGGCUGGAAUUUAGCCUAACUGCAUAUGAAGAAAUGACAUUUUAAACCAUUUUAAAAAUACCUUAAAAAUUCCCUGUGUAGCAGGAUUUGAUAGGCUUAACAACAUGACAGGUAAGAACUUUCUCUCUUUCUAGUCCCUGAACGCCCCACUCCGGGAAGGCUGAAGCGGAACGGGACCCUGGAGGAAGGAGAGCCAGGGGACCUGGGUGCCCUUCGGGGCUCGCAGGCGCUCAGCCCGGCGCUGCUCUCGAGAGCAGCUCAGCCCUCGCUUCCUGGACGGUGGGGCCAGCGGCUGGGGAAGCUUCUGGGGCGCGCGCGGGGAGGCGGCGCAGCGCUGCACCUGCCCUGCCCGGGACACAGCCCCGGGGCGAGGCUCCAGGGACCACCCCAAGUCAAUAUUGGGAUUUUAAUAAACCAAGGAAUGGGAUUUUAAUUAUUUAAAACCCAGUUCCUCUGGGCCGGAUGCUGUUGGGAUGGUCCUAGUCACACAAUAUUAAAGAGACCCAUCACUAAGAGGACGAGAAAAGCGUCCGAGACAAGCGUCCGAGACAUCCAUUGCAAUUACGAAUGAACCAGAGACUUGGUAGCACAGGGCAUUGAUUGCUGGUGCCCAGCCGGACCCUCCUCCCCUCUCCCCAUUCCUCCCCCCCCCCCCCACCACCACCCGAGGCAGGCUCCGGCGGCUGCCGGGACCUCGCGUCCCUACAUCGUGGCCCGGGCUGCAUUUUUCAUGAGCCCGGGGUGAACAGGUGCGAAGUGCGCUGGGAGCAUCCGGCCGACGGCCGGGAGCGGGGAACAUGGAGAGCGAGCGCGACAUGUACCGCCAGUUCCAGGACUGGUGCCUCAGGACUUACGGGGACUCAGGCAAGACCAAGACGGUGACCCGUAAAAAAUACGAGCGGAUCGUCCAGCUCCUCAACGGCUCCGAGUCGAGCUCCACGGACAACGCCAAAUUUAAAUUCUGGGUCAAAUCGAAGGGCUUCCAGCUGGGCCAGCCGGACGAGGUCCGCGGGGGCGGCGGCUGCGCCAAGCAAGUGCUUUACGUGCCGGUCAAGACCACGGAUGGUGUAGGGGUAGAUGAGAAGCUGUCUUUGCGGCGGGUAGCUGUGGUUGAAGAUUUCUUUGACAUUAUCUAUUCGAUGCAUGUGGAAACAGGGCCAAAUGGAGAACAAAUUCGAAAACAUGCUGGACAAAAGAGAACUUACAAAGCAAUUUCAGAGAGCUAUGCCUUCCUACCAAGAGAAGCGGUGACACGGUUUCUAAUGAGCUGCUCAGAGUGCCAGAAAAGAAUGCAUUUAAACGCAGAUGGAACAGAUCACAAAGAUAAUGGAAAACCUCCCACUUUGGUGACCAGCAUGAUUGACUACAACAUGCCCAUUACCAUGGCCUAUAUGAAGCAUAUGAAAUUGCAGCUGCUAAACUCACAGCAAGAUGAGGAUGAAAGUUCAAUAGAGAGUGAUGAAUUUGAUAUGAGUGAUUCAACACGGAUGUCAGCUGUGAACUCUGAUCUUAGCUCCAAUCUUGAGGAAAGAAUGCAAAGUCCUCAGGCUCUUCAUGGCCAGCAAGAUGAUGAUUCUGCUGCGGAGAGCUUUAACGGCAAUGAGACUCUGGGGCACAGUUCAAUUGCUUCAGGGGGAACACACAGCAGGGAGAUGGGCGACUCCAAUGGUGAUGGCAAAACUGGGCUGGGGCAGGAGGAGCAGCCUCUGAACCUGAGUGACAGUCCCCUCUCAGCACAGCUGACUUCGGAAUACACAAUAGAUGACCACAGCAGUAAUGGAAAAAACAAAUACAAGAAUCUCCUAAUUUCUGACCUCAAGAUGGAACGAGAGGCGAGAGAAAAUGGAAGCAAGUCUCCUGCACAUAGCUACUCAAGCUACGACUCUGGCAAAAAUGAGAGCGUAGACCGAGGUGCCGAGGACCUAUCUCUAAACAGAGGAGAUGAGGAUGAAGAUGACCAUGAUGACCACGACGAUUCUGAAAAAGUGAACGAGACAGAUGGCGUUGAGGCCGAGCGGCUGAAAGCUUUUAAUAUGUUUGUCAGGCUGUUUGUAGAUGAAAACUUGGACCGAAUGGUCCCAAUCUCUAAGCAGCCCAAAGAAAAGAUCCAGGCUAUCAUUGACUCAUGCAGGCGACAAUUCCCUGAGUAUCAAGAGCGUGCCAGAAAACGUAUACGUACUUACCUCAAGUCCUGCAGGCGGAUGAAAAGAAGUGGUUUUGAGAUGUCUCGACCUAUUCCUUCCCACCUUACUUCAGCAGUUGCAGAGAGUAUCUUGGCCUCAGCCUGUGAGAGUGAAAGCAGGAAUGCCGCCAAGAGGAUGCGUCUGGAUAGACAACAGGACGAAUCGGCCCCGGCUGACAAACAGUGUAAGCCAGAGGCGGCCCAGGCCCCUUACUCCGCCUCAGCUGUUUCCGGCUCCCAGGAGGUGCUGUACAUCAACGGAAACGGGACCUACAGUUACCAUAGUUACCGAGGGCUCGGCGGGGGUCUGCUCAGUCUCAAUGACGCUUCCAGUAGUGGACCCACGGAUCUCAGCAUGAAGAGGCAGUUGGCAACUAGCUCAGGCUCCUCCAGCAGUUCAAGCUCCAGACCCCAGCUGAGUCCAACUGAGAUCAGUGCUGUGAGGCAGCUUGUUGCAGGAUAUCGAGAAUCAGCUGCAUUUUUAUUGCGUUCUGCAGAUGAACUGGAAAAUCUUAUUUUACAACAGAACUGAGUCAAAUGACGGUCCUCUUCACUGAGGUCUAAAUUUGCAGUUUCCACUAAUGACAUUUUGAUUUCCCAGCAGAGAUGCUUCUGGUCUUACUGCACAGUCUUAAGAGAAGUACUUCCAUUAUGCCACAUUGUCCUUGAUCCAUAAAGUGAUGUGUUAAGGUGCUUCAAAGGAACUCUGACCUCUGAAGUACUUGAGAUACUGUAAUGUGUCCAGCCAACUGCUUUUUGUUUUAGUUUGUCAGCAUAUAAAUAUCUGGGGCAAAAAAAAAAAAAAAAAGGCUGUAUAUUCCUAAUUCAAGGAUAAAACAGAAGAAGCUUGUGGUAUAAAAAAAAUAGUUCAAGAUCCAACUGAAAUAUUAGUGGAAUUUGCUACUGACUUAUUGGACAGAAAGCUGCAGUAUCUGGCAAAAAAAAAAAAAAAAGCCAAAUUUCUUGUUGCUACAGGAUAUAACAACAUUGAGAAGGAUCUUGUAUUUUAAAAAAUAUAUAUGUAAUUUUUAUAAAAAGAAAA